GCGCAGGCGCGGGGCUGCAGGCCACCCACGAGACUCCGGCUGCCGUCUGAGGCGGCUGUCUGAGGUACCCGGGCUUCGCUACCAUGGAGCGGCGCAAGGUGGAAAAGUUUCGUACUGCCGACAGGGGACACGGUCUGCGCGCCGUGGCGCCGCUGCACCCGGGAGAACUGCUCUUCCGCUCGGACCCCUUGGCAUAUACGGUGUGCAAGGGGAGUCGUGGCGUGGUCUGCGAUCACUGCCUCCUCGGGAAGGAGAAGCUGUUGCGAUGCUCUCAGUGCCAAGUUGCCAAAUAUUGUGGUGCUAAGUGUCAGGUAAGCAUGUCCAGUGAAAUUUUCAAUUCUCUUCUUCAAUGGUCCUUCAUUCUGUUGAUUAAUUUUUUUUGAAUUUUUUCUUUUAUUUAAGAAAGGAUUAA